GGGCCACCCCAGCGAUACGUAUUUUUCCGUUGCAGGAAAGUAUGCAAAGCGAACUGGCCUGUUUUUAAAAGAAAAUGUUUCCAUACGUGAAAAAAUGUUCUCGUACGGUUUGCUUUCUCUUGUCUAUUUUAACUUUUCCCUUAUCUGCUCUAUAUUGUACGAAGGGUGGAAUGAGAGUAAUGGCAUAAAUGACGUUAUUCCCACGCUUGGUUACUUAAAUGUAAUUCCUCGAACAGCCAUCAUUAGAUUUCACAAAUUAAAAUUAGUCAAAACAUUGCGGAUGUUGGACGAAGUUAAUAUCUGCAAUUCCGACCGUCGAAGACAAUUCAAAGCUGUAAUCGAAACGUACAUGAAAUGGGUGUUUCAGAUCACAUGCAGCCUUGCUUUAAGCGUCGUCGUUGUUGGUACCAUUACAUGGUAUUUUACUAGGUUAACUCCCCUUCCAUUUGGUAUUAUGCCCAAAUGGGCUCUUAACUACAGUUUUACUAGUUGCCUAAUCAUUCAACUGAUAACGUUUCCUUUCAUUGCUCACGAAUAUGUAAUGAUAGACUGUUUAAAAGUGGGCAUUCUGAUACAACUUCAAAUGCACUUCAAGAAUUUAAGAUUGGACAUUCUAAAUUUGCUGUCAUGCUGUACGGAAGAUGGUGUGGAUUCAUGGGAAUACCUUCAAAAUGAAGUUAAAAAAGUUAAUAUCUACUGGGAUACGCUCAAAGAUAUUUGUACAAAAAUUGAAGACGUUUUUAACCUUUGCGUGUUCUCAACAGUCAUCAAUUACUCUUUGUAUCUGUGCUGCACAUAUUUGGGGAUGAGUCAUAUUCCUCUUUACGGCGCCGAAUUUUGGUUAAUAAUCUUCUACUUGUUCGCAUCUUCUUUUAUGUUUGUUGCUGAUUGCUGGUUUACACAACGUGUAAUCACGGAAAGUGAUCAAGUUGCUAGUUCCUGUUAUGACGUUGAUUUUGUCGGUACCGAUUUAAAGUUUCAAAAAGCGUUAAUGUUGAUGAUCGGAAAGGCGAAGAGACCUGUUCGGUUUACAAUUGGAAAAUUUGCACCAUUUUGCAUAGUUACACUCGUGGUGAUAGCAAAGGUGUCAUUCUCAUACGUUACGUUUUUGGAGAACAUUUGAAAUGAUCACGUACACAACUUUAAUUGAUACCUGUAUAAGCACCGUCCGAUGAUUAUAUAAUAAUUGUGCAAUGAUAUAGCAAUUAGCAAUAAACAGAGAUGAGGAUCA